GCCCAUCCCACUUUCGCAUGCGCAUGUGUUGUUUACUGGAAUGUCACGUAUUCCUCGUACAAAAAACACACAGUAAAUGCAGUGGUAUGAGAAAGUCUUCCAUUAUGGAGGAUUCAGUGGAGGUCAUCCUACAGCAUAAAAGUUGCAAGCUCUCCAAUCAUGCUCAGGAAAAGCCACUUGUCACAGCAACAUCUGGUGCUUUGCUUGUGGGAGUUUAUGGCCUCUGGUCAUUAUUUGCACUUCCUGGUUUUCGGAAAGUACCCAUAUGCCUCAAGGUGCCGUAUUUGCCCUCCAGUAGAACACAGACCCAGAAUGUAAUGAAACUCCUGCAUGGGAGAGCAGGGUGUCUGGCAGAUCUGGGAUCUGGUGAUGGGAGACUGGUAUUUGCUGCCACUGUAGAGGGUUUCCAGUGCACUGGCUUUGAAAUCAAUUCUAUCCUAUCUGGAUAUGCCAGAGUCAAAGCAAAGUGGAAGGGAAUACCAUCCAGAACUGCGACUUUUAUAAACCAGGACUUUUGGAAGACAGAUUUGUCCAAAUAUAACAAUGUGACUGUUUUCUUGGCACCCGGAGUGAUGGAGGUGUUGGGUAGGAAACUGGAGAAGGAGUUACCAGAUGAGGCUCGUGUGAUUGCCUGUCGCUUCCCAUUUCCUGACUGGACUCCCACAGCCACUGAGGGUGAAGGACUAGACCAGACUUGGGCAUAUGAUAUAAAGGAUAUACACAAGCUACCAUGACCUUGUGUCAAAAAGCUUUCCAUUUUGCAUUUUAGCACUGCCUGAAAGGUACCAGUCAUUUUUAGAAGACAUAUGCGCGCAUAAUAAAGUAUAGAAUAAUUACUUUUUUUAUUGUAAGGACUGCAUUUUUUUCCUUUUCUGUUACUGCAGGUAGGUUUUAUGACAUGUUGUUUGUCUGUCGUUAAAUUGUAAAAUGAACCGUGAAAUAAAGACUAAAAAUUA